AUGGCGCCCACAUCGCUUUUCAGCGUCUUUUCGAGCUUGAUUGCUCUGACGCUUCUACCGCAACGGUCUCUCUGCCAAGAUUCCACGAAUUUCACUACGACUGCAUAUCAUGACCCUGUAACCGGCCUCGAUAUGCAGCGUUUCCAAGACACCGCGAGCAAUCUUAGCUUUGCCAUCGCUGUCCCCAAUUGCGCAAAUAAGACCGAUUUCAUAGGCCAACUGACCUUCCCUCUCAACGGCUCCGCUGGCUGGGGCGGCUUUUCCGUCAACCAAAACAUGGUCGGCCCUCUCCUCUUUGCCGCGUGGUCGGAUGGCAAGAAUGUCAUCUCUUCUUUCCGGCAGGCUCCCAGCUACGACUACAGCCCACCCGAAACCUCGGGACCGUUCAAGGCUCGGGCUAUUGCCAAAGGUACCAGCGUUAACGAUACGCACUUGUGCUACACCUUCGUUUGCGAGUGCUGUCUGGACCCGACAUUUGGGUUUCAAUCAAACGCCACGAUGAUGGGUUACGCAUUGAGUAGCAAGCCUGUUGCCGGUGCCGAAGCGCCGUCGGGUGUACUGAAGUACCACGACCUUGGAUUUGGCGCGUUCAAAGCUCAACUUGAUCAGGCCAAGGUUUCGCAGGCUGAUUUUGACGGUGUCGCUGGAUCUGCGGAAGCCCCGUUAAUGCCUGCCGCCAACGCGACGGCAUUCAAUGUUACAGCUGCUGCUGGUGGAGGGAUGUAG